AUGCACGUCGAGACAUCCACUCCAGUCCACAGUUCCAAACACGUUGCGACUCCCACCACUCCCGUCCGCAGUGCCAUGCAGACCCCCAUGCCUAAGCCUAGCUCUUUCAGCUCCAAGGUCAAGCCUACUUCCCACCCUUUGAUGGUCAAGCCAACUCGCCCUGCUAAGCACAGCGUUAUGGCUUCCUCAUCGAGCAGCAGCUACUCGCACACCCCUACUAGCUCUGCUGUUGCGAAGGCCACUGCCAAUCCUCUCGCUCUUGAUAAGGUUCUUGGUGGACUUCCCAUCAUCGGUGGCCUUCUGCAGGGUCUCCGUUAA